GCGUGCGAGGCCGAGCCGCAAUCGCUGCGGAGGCAAGAGGUGCGAUGGAAGAAGAAGCUGAGAUUGGGAUCAUGGGCAAGCGAAAAGGUACACCCGUUUUAUCUUUCCAUUCUCCACCCCUGAAAGGAAUCGCUUUGCGCAAGACCCGGACCCAACAGGACCUCCGAAAUGGAGUCACAUUCCCUGGAGCCAGGACUGGAUUCGCGCUGGAUGCGCGCACUGGCUCCUCAUCUUCCGCUUCUUCUACUAGCACAAGGGAGACCGGCCGCCGAGAUUUGCACAGCGACAGCAGCAUCGUCUCUCGUGAGCGAGACCUGCGAGAAACUGUCGAUGGUAAGACUGUGGAUUCCGGCCAAUCAACGCGCAACACAUCCCUCAACAGCCUCAAGAAUGCCUUCGAUGGCCUUACCCUAUCCCCAAACAAGGCAUCUCAUCGCGAUGUGUCUUCCUCAAGGCACCGCCCCUCCCUUUCGCGGAUCAAAGAAGAAGCCUCCCCGGUCAAGUCCCCCUCCAAGAUCCCCAAGUUCUCUUGCACUCCUUCCCUUCGUCAUACCCAAUCCACCCAAUCCCUCCGCCCACCCCCAUCCGUUUCCCCUAUCAAACACCAAAGCUCCAUGCUUGGCCUGCGUACGCCUGCCACGACUUCCAAAAAGCCCAGGCCUGCUCCCGGAGAGGAUUUGCCCAUAUUUUUGACGAAAGAGAAGCUUACACCUGUUCGUAUAGCAUGGGACACCAAAG